UGCAAGCCGGUGCUGAUUUCCUUGUUUGCUGCGCUCGCCCGUGCUGGUUUUUUUUUUUCUUUUUUCUUUCUCUCUCCCUCCUCCCGGCACGGCGAGCCUAGUGACUGAGCCCACCCCCUCGGCUUACGUCGGUGCUGUGGCGUCGGUUCGGCAGCCCCCACCUUCUCUCCCCCCCCCCACUCCCGGCCGCCUCCACGAGAGAGCGAGCCACAGUCCGGGCCUGGGCAACUGGGUGGCCGGACGUGUCUCCGAUUCUCCGAUCGGGAGCUGCCUAGGAAGUCUCGCUGGAGGAGGGCUGAAUUUGGAAUGCAGCUGACAAGACACAAAAGAUCUUAUGAUGCCUAAAAGGAAAAAAAGAGAAUUUGAAAAGCAUUAGAUUGAGAAAUCAUUUAUUUUUCAGAUUCAAUGGCAGACGCAAGUGGUUGUUCCAUUUCUUGACAUACAUACGUCUGGGAUCAUGGAUUUGCUCAAAUUUACUCUGCAAACUUUAUUCAAAAAAUAAUAUUUGCCUCCUAAGCUUUGAUUGUACUCACUGGUUGCAAUAAUGGCCAGCAAAAGGAAAUCCACAACACCUUGCAUGAUACCAGCAAAAAUGUUGGCACCUCAGAAAUCCACUUCUGUUGGAGUAAAUCAUGAAGGAACUCAUCAGACAUUGGUUCCCAGUACUCUGCCCAAUUGUGAUACCACUGUUGAAAAUCACGGUAGUGGGACCUUGUCCAAUGGACACAAUGGAAUCAUAGAGAGCACUUCUUAUAGAUGUACAGGUUGCAAUUUCACUACUCAAGAAAUUAAUCAGUUCCUUAGUCACCUUGAUUCUGAGCACAUAGACUUUAGUAAAGACCCCUCCUUUUUGUGUGUGAAAUGUAAUGUCUUGGUAAAGAGCCAUGAUGAUCUUUCUCAUCACAAUGCAGAGCACCAUGUUGGAGAAACAAACGUAAUCUGGAAUGUAGUGAAACAAGCUAACCACAUGAUUGUGGAACAGACUACUGGAAAUAUCGUCAGUGGUACUCAGGAUCACUUGGGGGAUAUUCCUGAGGAGAGUCAGGAGAGUCAAGCUGAAAUUAUUAUUACCAAAACGCCCAUUAUGAAGAUAAUGAAAGCAAAACCAGAAGUUAAAAAAAUCCACACACUGAAAGAAAAUAUGUCUAGUAAAUCAGUCAAGGAUGUAGAGAGAAAAGGUGAUCUGUCAUAUACCAAUGGAUCACUGCCGGUUAGCCAGUCCGGCAAAUCAACCACUAUUGUCAAUGGGUCAGUAGUUGGAAAUGUACCUAUUUUACAAGCAGGCAUAACACAACUUGUGCAACUGCAACAGCAAGCACAAGUUCACCAGCACCUACCGACAUCAAAAUCCCUUCCUAAGGUAAUGAUUCCCUUGAGUAGUAUUCCAACUUACAAUGCAGCAAUGGAUUCUAACAGUUUUCUUAAAAACUCUUUUCAUAAGUUUCCCUACCCUACCAAAGCUGAACUUUGCUACUUGACUGUGGUGACCAAGUAUCCAGAAGAGCAGCUGAAAAUCUGGUUUACAGCCCAGAGGUUGAAACAGGGUAUUAGCUGGUCACCUGAGGAGAUAGAAGAUGCACGGAAAAAAAUGUUUAACACUGUGAUUCAGUCUGUUCCCCAAUCCACUAUUACAGUGUUGAAUACACCUUUAGUUGCAAGUCCUAGUAGUGUUCAGCAUCUCAUUCAGGCCACUUUGCCUGGUCAUUCAGUUGGAAAGCCUGAAGGAGCAAGUGGCAUGCUGGUCACCCAACCAAUAAUAACAAAUGGACUUCAGGGAGCAACUUCAUCUCAUGCAAUAGGUUUAACCUCCAUUCCAAAGACCCAGAUAGCUAAACCUCCAACCACCGUGUCAGUUUCCAGUAUUGCAUCAACCAUGAAUGUAGUUAGUGCUGCUCAGUCACAACUUUCUGCUUGCCCAAAUAUCUCUUCACAAGCAUUCUUGGAUCCUAACUUAUUAAAAAAUAAGAAGUCUUAUGAACAGUUGUCUGCACUGAAAGAUAGUUUCUGUAGGAAUCAGUUCCCUGGCCAAGCUGAAGUUGAGCGUCUGACAAAAAUCACAGGACUUAGCACUAGGGAAGUUCGAAAGUGGUUUAGUGAUAGGAGGUAUCACUGGAAAAAUAUUAGAGGCAACAAAUCUGUGCCUGGUGGGGAUAGCACAAUAAUAAUAGACUCUGUACCCGAAAUCACUUUUACCACUUCAUCAAAAACAACCACAGAGUUAACUUCCACGUCAGCAGCAACACCUGUUCACACACCAGCACGUCGCCAAUCUUGGCAUCAGACCCCUGAUUUCUCCACUGCAAAAUAUAAGGAGAGGGCCCCAGAACAACUCAGAGUUUUGGAAAGCAGCUUUGCACAAAAUCCCUUUCCUUUGGAGGAGGAAGUAGACCGUCUGAGAAGCGAAACUAAAAUGACAAGGAGAGAGAUUGACAGCUGGUUCUCGGAGCAAAGGAAAAAAGCGGAGAAAGAAAGAAAACAACCAGCAGAUGAAGAUGCUGAGGAGGAGUCUGUAGAAGACGAGGAGGAUUUGGAUGACUUCAGAGCGUCAAGUGAAAAUGGUUCCUUGGAUGAAGCUGGAAGUUCUCAACUUCCAGGUGAACGUAAAGUGACCCCAAUAAAAAUCAACCUUAGAAACUUUAAGGUGACAGAAUCAGAGGGGAAAAGUGAGUUGGCGGCAUCGGUUGCCCAAGCCACAACAGAGAGUUCUCCUAGCAGGGCACAGAAACCUAGGCUCUGCUUUAAAAAGACUGCUCAGCAGAGGCAUUUGCUUAAACAGCUGUUUGUAAAGACACAGCGCCCUACUAAUGAACAGUAUGACCAAAUAUGUUGUCAGACUGGACUUCCCAGGGUUGAAGUAAUUCGCUGGUUUGGAGAUAGCCGCUAUGGUUUAAAAAAUGGAAAUCUGAGGUGGUAUGAAAACUACAAAAAAGGUAUUUUCCCCAAAGGGCUACCGAUUUCCAGUGAGGUCAGCGAGGAGAUCCUCCAAGACUAUUUUCAAAAGAACAAGGUUCUAUAUGAAGAUGAUCUCCAAGAUCUCUGUGAAAGAACUCAGAUGACGACCUCGCAGGUUAAAUUGUGGUUUGCUGAAAGGCUAGGAGAAGAAAGCAAAGCAGUAUCUGAUGCAAGUAGUGAUAGUCAGUCCCCAAGUGUUGGUGAUCCAGCCAAUAGUCAGAAAGGAACUUUUGAUACUUUUUCUGAAGUUUCUGAGAACAGUGAAUCUUGGGAACCUGGAGGUCAAGAUGGAAGCUCAGAAUUUGGAGAUACAGAUAGUCAUCUGCCUGCAAUACAUUCUGAAAUGGAUUGAACCACCACUGCCUUCGCUCAAACAGUCGGCCAACUUUGUAAGAACCUAGCAGCUGUGGGUCAUUCUGAAUCUUUGUUGAAGAUUGUAAUGCCAAGAUCUUUUUUUCAUGAAGCACAAUUUGAAUUUGGAGGUCGCAGGAAAGUCAUCAAUAAAGAAAACUGUAAGGUUCAGGUUGGGAGAAAUCUAUUAUUCUGUUUUAUGAUUUAGGAGAGUGUUCGCCAGAUAUUCUCCUUCAGGCUCCAAUUAGUGGACACUGUCUUUUGAACUUCAUAUUCAUAUGGAACCAGCUUGUUAAUGCCAGCCACCAGCCUUUCUCUGCAUUGGAUCAUGCACCUGAAAUAUUGUGUUAAACAUUCUGUUUCCCCCCCGCCAUAGAAAUGAGCUAUAAUUUGUACAACAUAUUCUAAAUACUUUCAGUGCUUGUUCUCCGAAUGAUCCAUCUUUGCAUUUACUGUAUUCUCUCUUUACAUUUGAAUUUCUAGAUUUUGCAGAUUUUGAAAGUACAGUAAAAACCUUGAUCUAACAGGCCUUUUGAGCGGAAACUGUGGCUGUUGAUACAUGAAUUGAUGUCAUUUGUGGUGGCUGUUGGUACCUAAUUUAUCAUCUAGGUAAUCUGGAGUAUUGGAAAUGUUGUGACUGCAAUCACUUGCAGCAAAAUCUCCAUUCUCAAGGAUUGAAACCACUUUCCAUUGUAUCUAAAACUUAUCAAACUGAGAGCCAUUGAACUGAGGAUUUGCUGUACAGGUUGCAGUCUAUGCUCACUUCCCCAAGAGUAAAUCCCCAAAAAAUCAAUGCAGCUUCCUUACAUACAAUGGAGUUAUAUAUGUCACUAAAUAAUCUGUGACCUGUUGUGUCAUCCUUUGAGAGAAAGGUAGUACAGCCUUGUAUGACCAGAAUAAGUAUUAAUUUUAGCUUGAUUAUAUAUAUUUUUUCCUCAAUGCUGGAUGGCUACAUGAUCAUUCAAGAAGAAAAUAGAAAAAUAAUUGUCAUUUCAAAUGAACUUCACAAUAAAACAAUAUUUGCUUACCUAAACAGAUAGAUAUAAUGACCACAGGAGGGCAAAAAACCCCCCAGGGGUCUCAGGAACAACUUUUGACUUCCUGCCAUCUUCCCCAUUGACUUUGCUCAUGAGAAGCUGGCAGGAAUUCAGAAAUCAUGAUCACGUGACUGCGGGGAAUUCAGCAAUAACGUAACUUUGUGAACAAAAUAGUCUGAAAUCAUGGAAAUUUCAAUUCCACAGGCUCUGGAUUAUUUUACACAUUCUUUAAAUUAAUAGAUUUAGAUACCUUGAUUUAAAAACCUGUAAAUGCACCAUUUGGGCUAACUUGAGUGUACAGACAAACAAAUAAACACAAUGAGAGUUUUAGUAGUAUAUAGAUAGGGAAGGAUCUGGUGAAUAAUAUUUCUAGUUUCAUGCAUAAAAUUACAAAAUGAAAUUGGGUAACUAUAACAAUCUUCACCAAAUUUCAUCUGCAUAGAAGCAAAUGAAUGUUUCUUUUAAUGCAUUCCAGAAACUAAAAGAGUUGAAAUUUAGUUCUUGUGUGUGUGUUUGAGAGAGAGAGAGAAAAAACAACAAAUCAUAAAAAUAAAAACACCCUUGUGGAUGUCAUCUAUUAGCAGAUGUUCAUUAAUCAUGAGCCCUGUAAGAUUGUAUGACUUGAAAAGGCACCCCUUAAUCCUCAAAUUUAAUUAUUAACUUUGCUGAGUUUUCAGGGUUGUAAAUGCUGAACUGUGACUGUUUUGUUAUUAAUUGCAAAUACAUUUACUACUUUUAUCUAUAUUGUAACAGGAAAAUGUAACCCCCUCAAAUAGAUGUGAUCAUGAAGGCAUUUAGUUUGCAGUAUACACAAUUUCUUUUUUUACAUACAGAUCAGAAUUGUAUUGGAUACCAGCACUUGCAUCACAAGAGUGCACUGUCUGUAUUUCUGACUUUUACUGCUUUUUCUAGCUAUUGAUAAGCUAGGAAGAAAAACUGAAAAGCUCCAAGCUUUGCUAAGUUCAUAACACACUCAAAUAUAUAUACUUGUAGCAGGCAUGUAUUUUUGUCUUCACUAUUCAUUGUUUUGGAAAGAUAACAUAUUGGGGCUAAUUACUGUUGGUAAAAAAUGUUUUAGAUCAGGGGUGGGCAACUGUGGCCCUUUUACAACCUGUGGACUUCAACUCCCAGAAUUCCUGAGACAGCCAAGCCAAGCUGUUGAAGUCCACAGGUUGUAAAAGGGCCACAGUUGCCCACCCCUGUUUUAGAUGGUUCAUUUGGUGGCAUUAAAUUUUCCCAGAGUUCUACUGAGUAGAGCCUGGGAAAUCUGCUUUUGGUCAGAACCAUCUCCUCAUGGUCUUCCAAAGACAAUGAGAAAUACAAGCUCUCAUGCAGGGGUUGUAUCUGGAAUUGAACCUUAUCUGUUUUUCCCUAAAAAGUGAAUUUCCUAAAUCAAAACCCUGGAAACCCUCCAAAUAUAUGUUCAACCUCCAAGAUUCCCUGGCCAGCAUGAUCAUUGUUGAGAAUUCUGGGAGUUAUAAUCCACUUAUUUGAGUCUAGAAUAGUUUUCCCCAGUUUGGUACUAUUGGUUGGAGAAGAGGAGAGUUCUUUCUAAUCCAGCCUAUCUGAGGGCAUCAGAUAGGGAAACAUUCUUGUAUUUGUCCUUUUUAGGAUUUUUGUCAAGAAGCCUUACUGCCCCUCAUGGCAUUAAUAUCCAGGCUCAAGAUGUGUUCUGCAAACCUACAUGUGUAUUGUGUACAAUAUAUUAUUAGCUACUGAGUUCAGUUUAGCCAGGGACUGUCAGGAUGGAAAUAAGUAUGCUAAAACUUAUUUAAAAGUUUUAAAAUGCUACAAUUGAUGCUGCAACUUAAAAUGCAAAACCAGAAAGUGUGCAUCUAUGCACAUACACUGUUUCAGGUAUAAAAACUUUGCAUUCUUUCAUAUUUGAUGUCAUUCUCUCAAUCAGUCUUUCAAGGAAAAAAUCAAUUUGUUCAAAUGCAUUUUAAUUUGGCUUUCUUUUAAUUGCGUAGAUAAAUCCAUAUGCUGAAAGAAGAAUAUAAUUGUAGCUCCCCUUUCAUACCAUGUUUAAGAGCUAUCCAUGGCUCACAGUUGUCUUUCUACAAAGGAAAGACAUCUGCCAUUUAUCCUUGAUGGAACCAAACUAGCAUGCACAUCUUUGAGAACAAAAAAUUCAGCUUCUGAGACUGUGGGAAGGCUCCAGCAGAUUUCUUGUAAUGCAGAAGUGCCAAGAUCUACCUGUUACUUCUAUUGGCUUUUUUCAAAAUACAUGUUACUUGUAGAGACUGAAAAUGACUUUUCUCAGAGCAAGUUACUCUGGUUAAUGGAUAGGAGUUGGAAUAGUAGGCGGUGGGCCCCAGUUUGGUUUUACAGGAAAGCAAUCAGAGAACAACUACAGCCACUUCCACUGGAAUGACAACAGUGCUUGAGUUCCCAAAGGAAAAAAGCAAUGUUGGUUAGUUCAGUGGAAUUGAUAGAGGACCAAACAUGCUGGUUUGUUUUCAAUAUAUACAUAGUAAAAACAUACAUUCAGUUAGUUUAGUCAUAGCAUCCACAUAAAAAUAAUACGGAUGGCAUCCCAAACUCCACUCAACUCCUUGAGGAGAGCUUGGAGUUCGGGAUGCAUUUAAAGCAUUGCAAGUAUGUUCAAAAUAGCUCUCUCCAGAUGUUAUUCAAGGAGGGCAGCAUGGUGCUCAACUUGAUUUAUUUGGAAAACAAGAGCCAUUGAUAUUGGAGCAACUCAAUUCCUCGUGUUAGUUGGAUCAGAAUGGCCAGGCUUUGUGGCAAAUUUAAUACCGUGUGCAUGAAUUCCAGGACACAAAUUGCUGCCCUGACUUUGGACAGAACAGAUCAGAGUGAAGAUAACAAACAUAAUUAAAUGGAUAUCUGUCUUACGGAAGUAUCAAAGUAUUUCUGGCAUAGGGAAGUUGUCAUGUGCUUGUUUGUGAUAAAGUUGCUACCCAAUGGAAGUAAUAAAUCUGUAGUACAACCACUUGCUUACAUGUAACUACUAGUUUUGAUCCUAAAACAGUGCAGAGUCCAACAGUGGCACUGCCCUAGAUUGAAAUGCAGUCUGAUAACUUGGAUUCAUUGAAUACACAAAUGUACACAUUAUGAUGGAUAGGAUACAUUUAGUUGAACCAAUAACUUAUUUCUGACAUGUAUAUUCCAGUAAGCCCAUACUGAAGUCUCCCUUCACUUUCUGGAGUCUUUCUCUUUUUGUGUAUAGGUGAGACACUUGCAGUUAAAUUUAUCCAUUGAGUUAAUUGUGAGGAUAUCUAUCUAUUGAUCAAUCUAUCUAACUUAAAUUCAGGGGGAGUUGUACUACCAUGUCAUGAUGGAGUCUAUGCAGCUCAAAUUCAUUUAACAAACAGACUUUGGAUAUGCAAGACAGUAUUAUUUAAUAGGAAAUUAGUAUCUAUGGCAAAUGCAUUAUUUUGGUUUCUUUGUCUAGCAGAGUACAAUUUUUGAAGCAGAAUUUUAAGGGUAGAUUUUGAUCUCUUAGUGGUUUUGCAGCAGCAUUUCUUGUCACAGGAAGCAACACCACAAUGCAUAAGGCUUUGCAUGACAAGACCAAGUACUGAAUUAGAUUUAAGUAUAUAAAGAGGCUUCUACAGUGGUAGAUGACAUUGUUUGCAUUUUUAAUAUUUUAGGUCAGUCCCUGACAUUCUAAGAACGGUUGAAAGACCCAAGCCAUUAUAUAAGUAUAGGUAGUCCUUGCUUAACAACCAUUCAGCAACUGUUCAAAUUUACGAAGAUACUGAAAAAAGGAACUUACUUCCAGUGCCUAAAAUUAUAGCCAUUGCAGCACCCUGCGGUCAUAUGAUUGAGAUCUGGAUUCUUGGAAACUUAUUCCAAGAGUCCCACAAUUAUGAUUGGCACUUGAAAUUUUCUCUGCCAACUUCCUCAGAAAGUCAAUGGAAAAAUCAGCAAGGAAGGUUGCAAGCUGCUACUGGCUGCUGGCACCACUCCCUCUGGUUCCUAAGGGAUUGGCUGAAAAAAAAGGUCCAUCAGCCCCUGUGUUGGGACAGACCUAUUUAGCCAGCCUCUUUGAGAGCAGAAGGGCUGCCUGCCAGAUUGAUUUCAACCCACACAGGGUGGAGUCUCUUUGUUAAGCAACCCUGUUGCUCUCAAAGAUACUGGCUGAAAAGGUCCGUGCUAAAAGCCAAGUGAGAUUUUGGUACAAGGUGUUUGCACUAAGGGGUGUUUACAGGCAGGUUGGUCCAAGGGCCCCAUGCUGCAAGUGCCCCAGAAUUUGCUUAAGAACCACAAUGACUUACGACCAAAAUUGUGGUAGUAAGUCAAAGAGUUGCGGAACAGUACUGCAAAUGAUAUUUGGCCAGCCUCCCUCAACCUUGUGCCCUUCCAACAGGUUAGAGUGCAGUUCUUAUGGUAUUGAGCCAACAGAACUGGAGGACAUGUUGCAAUAAUAUUUUUAGAGAAUAAUGAGCUAAAUUAGUUUGUAUUUAACUUACUGUAAGUUCCCAGUUCAAGGGAACAUGAUUUUGGCUGGAAUAUGGAUAUGGUAGAUCUACCCAAUCAAACAAAAGUUAAUUAUGAAAUAACCUGAAUCUUUGGUGCUAAUUAAUAUUAAUACCCAAUUAAUAACAAUUUUUGUAUUGCAUUUGAUUCAUUAAACUGACUAAAUCAAUCAGAACAAAUAGAAGUUGUGGCCAAAAGGGCCUUUGCACAGGUACAUUUAUGAUACCAGUUGUGUCCUUUCUUGGGCUGGAGUUCUUCAGAUAGUCAUUCAUCCCCUAGUUACCUCAUGAUUGGACUAAUGUAGUACGCUUUACAAAUGGAGCUUCCUUUGAAGACCAUAUGGAAGCUACAUAUGAUCCAGAAUGCAGUAGCCCAAACAGCAACAGGGGUGCUAUCUUAUAUGUGUGUGACUCAGAUGCUUCCUGGUUGCUGCUUGGCAUCUGGGUUAAAUUCAAGAUGCUGAUUAUCAACUUUAAGGCCUUCAAGGCAUAGGCCUGGUUGAGGCCUCUUGUCUACAAUUGUCUCUGUCUACUUACUAGGGUCCCUCAGGAUGGGCUUGUUCUGGGUUUCACCAUUUAAAGAAUAUCAUCUUGGUGGUAUAAGGAAGCACAUCUCAUCUGUUGCAAUUCCUCCUUUUUGGAAUGAUCUUCCCUCCAGAGAUUUUAGGAAGAUUUGCUCUCAUCACUAAAAAUGUGGUUAUUCUCCCAGUACUUGGGAACAGGAUGAUUGUCUUUUGGUCUGGUUUUACUUUCUUUUGGUCUGGUCUGUUUUGGUUUUAUUCAGGUGUUUUUGCUUCUCCAUUUGGUUGUAUUUUUAUAUGUCAGAUUUUUUUUAAAAAGUUAACAACCCAGAAUCACUCAGGAGUGAAGUAGCCUAUAUAUCAAAUAAAUAAAUGGGAAAGUCAAGAAACAGAUUUUUUUUUUCAUUUUCAUUUUUAUAAGACUAUUAAAAUGUUUCGGUUAGAAAUGUAUCUCUAGCUGAACACACUGUAAAAUUUUAGAAAAUAUAGACAUCCCAUUAAGGCUUGUGCUAAAUCUUAUACAUUUCCUAAAAGCAAUAACUUUAACCUUCACUCUGUUUCUAUCUUCCAUAUUUCACAAAUAGGAGAGAAGGUACAGAGUGGGUGUUAAAAGCAUUUAGUAAGCCCAUUUACUGACUUUGCAAAUAAAUCAUAUCUGGACAGUCUCACUGGAGUGUGAGUACAGUUUCAGUCUGAACCUUUAUACUAUGGUAUCCUUCAUGAACCUGGCCAUUAAAAUGUAAUUAUUUGUAUUUAUUUUAAAAUAUUUUAAACCAUUUGUUGUUAGAACAAUUAGAAGUUAAAACAUAAGACAUAAUAAGAACAUUUUUCAGUAAAACAUCUUUUAUGAGGGAAAGGUAGGUAAUCAAAAACAGAGUUUCAUGGCAGAAGAACAGGUGUUCCAGAGGUAUGGCCAGAAAAGUUUGCAUGUCCGCUAUUUGAGAAUUUUCAGAAUCCAAUCUUAGUAACAUUUCCCAUUAUUGCCUUGGUGAUCUAAUCAUCUUAAAGAGAUAUUCUGAUCUGAUUUGUAUUAAGCAUAUUUUUCAAUCUAGUUAUUUUUAUUUUAUUUCUAUUAUUAUUUUUAUUUUAUUGUUUUAUUUUAUUGUUUUAUUUUACUGUUUUACAUUUUACAUUUUUUAUUUUAUUUUUUAUAUUUUAUUUUAUUUAUUUUCAUUUCAUUUCAUUUUAUUUUGAUCCAAAGCCAUACGAGACUAUAUUAGAGACAUGGCAGUGAUUGGCUCGUUGCUCCUUGUUUUAAAAGGGUCCAAAGAGUCAUCAUAUGGAAACUGCAAGGUUCAUACAGACUUUUACAUCAUGAUUUUCAUUAUUUAAUUUUAAAUGAAAGGAAAACCUCACCUUCAUUGAGUGUUGGCAAUAUUUUAAAUCAUAAUUACGCAGUGCAAAUUGUUAGCGGGCACAUAUAGCUUAAGACAUAUAUCAGGAAAAAACACAGCCGAGUGUAGUUGGGGACAUACCUUGGACCAAGCAAGCCUGCCUCAGUACGUCCAAUAAUUCUGGUGUCGUUUUCACCAGGGCUGGGGUGAGAGCAUUCAUUUCAUCGCCAUUCGGAACAGUUCUACUAGGUUGCUACUUGAGAAUAUAACAGAGACAGUAAAACCUGGUGGUGUUGCUUAAAAUUUAGACUACAUGAAAAGCACUGGAUAGAUUUUCUUCUGUGUUUUCUACUUUCUGGCCUACCCAGCCUUUCUCAAGCUGUGAGGUGAGGCACUAUACAAUAUAAAUUGGCUCAACUGUGACAUUCCAUAUGUCUCUCUUUUCAAAAGUUUCAAACAUGAUAGUCUAGUGUUACACCCAGUCAUUGUGGGCCAUUUCUGAUUUGAAGCUGCUAUCCGGCAGAUCACACAUAUGCAGAGUUCCAGAUGUCAUUUUGCUAUCGUUUGAAACCUCGAAGGGGUUCUUUUCACCCUUUGUGACUUUUCUCUCUCUAAAUAAACAGGCAGAGAGAUAGAUGAAAUGUGAGGCUGUGGGGAAAUUCUGAACCAGAACGCAAAAUGUUUUUAGAAGGGGGUUGGAAUUUGUUCAGCCGGCACACAUUGUCUCUUCGCCUGGUAUUUAUUAGUCAUACUUUUAUCGCUAAUUUCAUCUGUUCCUGAGACUGUUUUUUAUUUUGUUUUGCUUUAAAUUAAGACCCGUUUGGAAUAGAAAUAGCACAUUGUAAAAUGCUUAAUCACAAGCUGGUGUGCAUGAGGUUACAGAAUAAGCUCUGUCUGCAAGGGCAUCUGUUUAUUCUGUUUGCAAAGAACCAUGCCUCAAAGUGCUAGGAGGUUUUCCCAACACUGGAUGAGAUUUAGAUAUAGGAGGAAGAAUGGGGGGAGGGCACCCAACUUCCAAUUAAAAGUCACCAUUUGGCCUCCAGGGUCUCCAUUAAAAGGCCAAAGUAGUAUAAUAGGUGCUACAAAAGACCAGCCUGAUCAGAACACCUGGGCCAGACGGACAUGGUUGAACCUAUUCUACAGUAAUUGUCCACAUGCAACUCUUCUAUGGAAUUCCCAUACCGACUGUUUUAGAUAUACUGUUAUCUGCUGCCUUUAAAUAGGACAAGUUUAUUAACUGGAAUUAUAAGCCUUGGACAAGUCCAUCAAACUGGCGUUGCUUAGACAUGCCAAGAACUGGAUAUGUGUUGUGUCUGCCUAGAUUCGUAUUUCUUCCUUAGAUCUUGCAAGAUGGGGGGAGGGGCAUGAACAAGAGUGACACUAUAAUACUAUAGCUUUGAAUUUAUGCAUAAGCACUCUUGAAUUCCCCUAAAGUUGCAACAUGCCUUUUGAAUAUUACUAAGACCAGCAAAAAUACAUCUGAAACAAAAAUCCCAAAAACUAUGUGCCCAGGAUCAGCUUUACAUAUAAUACUUUUCAAAACUUGUAUUCCUUUUUAAAACCAGGUGUCCUGAUGUUGUUAAUGAGUAGGAAGGCUCUAUUCUUAGGAUAAAAAUACUGUAAGUGAAAAGUAUUCAUGCCAAAGCAAAAUUGCAGCAUACUGAAUUAUCUCCCCUCUCCCCCCCCAUCCAAUCUUACACAGAUCCCCCCCCCUCUAUUUUCCCAACAAAGUUACCUAUUUAGAAUAAGCGGGGAUAAGGAUUAUUUACAGGUGCUUUUGGAGAGCUUUGUAGAUACCAUCUGUUUUAGGAUGCUUUCUGAAGACAGAUGGAUAAAGCUUUUUUCAUCCUUUGUAAAAUUAUCUCACUAAGCAGACUGGCUAAGCUUUUUAGCUUCCCAAGCUGAUGAUAGGAAAACUAUUGUAAGUAACGCCUGGCUAGUACAAACUUCUGUUUAUAUAGGAGUAGGAUUAAUUUACAAACCAUGACAAAAAUCAACUAAUUUUUGUACUUUUGGUAAAACUUUUUUGAAGAAAAGACCGAAGCUGUUGAUGUGGGUAAAUGCUAAUGUAGUUCUCCUGCAAGAGAGAACCAGCGCCUGGCAACUAUGGUGCUGGCUCUUUUUCAGCAACGAUGCCACUUCUGCGAAGUGAACUGCAGCAAGUUUCCCUUCAUUUUGUAUAUGUGGCUAUGAGGGUGGGAACAGCUUGCUUAUACAUUUUGAUGAAAUGAGACCUUACUGGUUUUGUCUUAAAUAAACAAUUGAGAAAUAAA